ACCACCAUGAGCAAAACCUGGCUAAUCACCGGCGCAUCGUCCGGUCUCGGCGCCGCGCUCGCUCAUCAUGUUCUCCGCGCAGGCCACAAGGUCGUCGGUGCGGUGCGGAAUAUAACCAAGGCGCAGCAGAGCUACCCUCAUUUCGAGGAGCUGGGAGGCAUGUGGGUACAACUUGACGUGACGGAUCCCAAAACGAAGGAGCAUGUCGCGCGCCUCUCCCGCGAGCAUGAGGGAUUUGACGUGGUGGUGAACAACGCGGGGUACUCCAUCUUGGGUAGUCUUGAAAAUAUGAGUGAGACCGAGAUCCACCAGCAAAUCGACACAAACCUCUACGGUCCGAUCCGCGUCAUCCAGGGCUGUCUUCCCUUCAUGCGCGAGAAGAAGGCCGGAUGCGUCGUCAACAUCUCCAGUGUCGCAGGGCUGAUCGGGCGUCCCGCCACUGCGCUAUACUCUGCCAGCAAGUUCGGUCUCGAAGGUUUAUCCGAGAGUUUGGCAGCUGAGCUGGCUGAAUUUGGUAUUCGGGUGCUAGUCGUCCAGCCCGGCGGCUUCCGGACCGGGUUUCUCUCCGCCUACGUUAAACCGGCGACGGGAUUGAACCCUGCGUAUGAGGGCACGGCGCUGGGUCAAGCGAUGCAGCGCUACGACACGGUCGACGGGACCCAGCGGGGCGAUCCGGAGAAGGCGGCGGCGCGGAUCUUUGACGCUGUCGAGCAGCAGGGUCUCUGCGCGGAAUCGGCGUCAUAUCUUCGGAUGCCGCUGGGGUCGGAUUGUUAUGCGGUGUUGCGGGCCAAGGUUAAUGGGCUGAAGGAGAAUAUGGAUAAUAUGGAGGUGAUCGCGCAUAGUACGGAUUAUCCCCAGUAG